AUGUCGCCACGAGCAUCUUCCUCUGCACCGAGAACCGCAUCCGCUGCUAGCGCUCCAUAUCCACGACGAGCUGCUGGCCAACCAAAGUCUUCUAGGCAACAGUUCUCCGCUUGUGGUGCUUGCCGCAUGCGAAGAGUUCGAUGUGACCUCAAAGACCUCCCAAUGACACAGACCACAAGCGGUGUCCAGCAUCCCUCAUGCUCAAACUGCAAAGAACGUGGGAUCAAAUGCGUCGAUGAAUUUGCUGAAGUCAAAGCUGUGAAACUUUUAAGACGCGGCCGCCGUUUACAACAAGUAGAAGCUGUCUACGGCAAAGUUACAGAUGACGAAUCUAACUCGUCUUCUGCCAUGUCCACUCCAUCAAACCCCACGAUCCCAACCACGCUCUCCGCGGGGAUCGCCACAUCCAGACAAUCCACUAUCCCCCUCCUCAAGCUAGAAUUCCUUAGCUCAUCUUUCUUCCGCAGAUUCAGCAUUCAACGCCCUAUAAUCGAACCCACUGAAUUCACAUCAAGAUACUUUGCUCAUAUUAAGGGCACUUCCACUCUCAGUAUCGAGGGUCAGAUGAUUGCGAUGCUACUUGUCACUUGGGCUGCCUCAUUUGGCGUCGAUGAAUAUGGUGUGGAGGAAGAAGCAGAGCCCCAUUCCCCCACUAUGCCCGACGCACCCAAGUUCUCUCAAGAUGCCGAUGAUGAUUACUCUGACCCAAACCGUCGCGCUCGCACUCUUCGUACAGAGUCCAUGAUCAGGGAGAUCCUCCAUCUCAUCGAUAUUCACGCCGUACUCCGACGCCCGACUUGGGACGGCGUUAGGGUUCUUUUGCUCAUCCUUCCAUUAACUCAGGGUAUACAAAGUUCCAUGGACAGGGGGGCCAUGUACGAGGCAACGCUUUCCCAAGUUUACACGCUCUGCAGCUCGAGCAAUCAUUCUGUCCUACAAAGUGGCCAAGGAUCGUAUUGUGACGCACUUGUCCGUGCUAGAGUAUUCUGGUACGCUUACGUACACGAAGGUGUUCGCACUGCCUUGCGCGGCGGUCGGCUAUACCUUGACGAGGACGACCUUGUUGCAUUCCAAAGCACACUUCCUCCUCAAUACUGUGCAUCUGCAUCUGGCAGCGCUCCUUCAUCUACAUCUGCUUCAUCACACUCGUCCCCUACCGCCACUUCUCCAGUGUCGUCCGAUAACCCUGUCAAUUCCUUGCAGGAUCCUCGUGGUCACUCGCGCGCUUCGCUCUCUUACCUGCUCUCGUCCCAUUAUUUUUCGCUCGCCCUCUCCGUGUCUGGUGUAUGUCGUGCCGUUCACGCAGUGCUCACUGGACCUCGUGCGCGUCGUCGCACCGAUGCUGGUGUUGCAAUCCGCGAGGACUCCCUCGUGGAGAUCUGGGAUGGGCUCGAGCGAUGCUGGGAGGACUUUGAGUCUCUCCGUCGUGGAGCAGGCGGCAUUGGCACCGUGGGUGGCGGCCUUGUUCGUGGAGAGGACGUCGAGCGUUUCGUGAGCGGAUGGCAAGUGUUCAUCUUUGAGUGCUUGAACAUCAUCCGGGAAGCCUUGAGACAGCGCAUCGUUAAUCAAACCAAGGGGAGCCCCGACUCGAACGGUCGUUCCCCUCCCGCCGAUCGUGCCCUUUGCCGCAUGCUCGCCCAAGCUACUCGCCGUUGCCGCCUUGUGCUUCCUCGCGUCAUCGCUAUCUUGAAGCGUCACCUAGCUGUUCCAUCGAGCGGAUUCUUCGCUCAUGAUGCCGGGCUCAUCCGAGACGGAUGCUACUAUGCAGCCUUGCUACUUGCGCAAGGGGACGUUGAUCAGGAUGCGGAUAGUGAUCUGAAAGGCGAUGACGGACUCGCUUGGGACGCUGACGCCGAGGACGGUGUUGACGUGUGUCUACGGGCACUAGGAGAGAUUGGCUGGAUCUACGCCAACAGCGAGGAGCGGGAGAAGACAGUUCGCAUGGUUUGGGAGGCACGGGUCAUCCGUGAUGAUGAGCGCCGUCGUGAACGCAACCGUCAGCGUGAUUAUCUUGAGGAUCAACGUGCUCAGGCUUAUCACUCAGGACAACGUUCGCAGGAUCAUUCUCCAUAUAUGAUUAACAAACCGUCGUUGCCGGCGUCCGCUCGCGGUCAAGGAGCGACGCCUCGUUCACUCUCACUUGUGUCAGCCGCUGGUCAGUCUCGUCCUCAUCUUCCUCCACUGUCGGUUGCGUUUUCUCCUGCGGAGAGUUCACCCAACACGGCUAUCACGGACGAUGGCAGUGGCAGUUGGUCUACAUAUACGCCACCCACGACGUCGAGUUCGAUGACGAGUAACGCGACUACGAACCGCAGCGUGUCGCCACCUGAUUCUGGAUCGCCUCACACACUGUCAUCAUUAAAACAUCUUCCACCUAUACAGCACUCGCUGAAAACGGAGAAUGAUUCAUUCUACAAUGGGGAUCUUGAUCCAUUCUCAUUUUCUGUGGACGGGACCACGGGGCCGGGUGUUGUUGGAGGCGCUCAUGGAUGGACAUCGCAAUAUCAACAUCCAGUGGGGCCUGGUAGCGGAUACCUGGACCCGAGCGUGAUCUUUACUGGAGCGGACUGCCAAACAUUCUACCACUAA